AUGUCACAUCCACUUGCCUCAACGUUUCAGAAGCCGAGCAAAGUAUUUGACAGGCCCAAUGAAGGGGUGAAGGAGAAGCAGGUCAGUUUGAGAGAUGAAAGACGUCGCGAAGAGUGCACCAAUUCAGCCUGUCUAAGCGAACGAUAUCGCAGUCAGCAGGAAAUCGCCAGAUUGUCACGCCACCUUCGACUCUUGCUUGACGAGAUGGCUGCCAAAAAUGAAGGCACUGAAAAUCGACUCGGAAGGUGA